AUGGAUUCUUCAAGACAGCUCGUGGACACCUCCCUCCUCAUAGGGAAGAGGUCUCAUUUGGCUCUUUUUUUCUACCCAUUUCUUAUGAACAACCCACUUAGCCAUUCUUUUGGAAGACGAGUAGAUAUGUCUGUACCAAGUCGUAUACUUUUGUUUGCUCUCCUUUCCUGGUUACUCAACUCUCAACUUGCCCAUGGAGACAAGCCAAUAGGCGUCACCUACGACGGUCGGUCACUGAUCAUCAAUGGAAAUAGAGAACUUCUCUUCUCUGGUUCAAUCCAUUAUCCCCGUAGCCCUCCUGAGAUGUGGCCGGACAUCCUGAAAAAAGCUAGAGAAGGAGGUUUGAAUGUAAUCCAGACUUAUGUUUUCUGGAAUAUUCAUGAACCUGUUCCAGGCCAGUUCAAUUUUGAAGGCAAUUAUGAUUUGGUGAAAUUCAUCAAAUUGAUUCAAGAGUAUGGAAUAGGAUUUCCAUAUUGGCUAAGAGAGGUUCCAAACAUCACAUUCCGUUCUUAUAAUGAGCCAUUCAUGUAUCACAUGAAAAGAUACAGUGAGAUGGUCAUAAAUAUGAUGCAAAAAGAGAAGUUAUUUGCUCCUCAAGGAGGUCCUAUUAUUUUGGCACAGAUAGAAAAUGAGUACAACAAUGUCCAGCUUGCAUAUAGGGAUUUAGGUAAGAAAUAUGUUCAAUGGGCAGCAAAUAUGGCUGUGGGUCUAUAUAAUGGUGUCCCAUGGAUCAUGUGCAAGCAAAGGGAUGCCCCUGAGCCUGUGAUCAAUACAUGCAAUGGAAGGCACUGUGGAGAUACAUUCACUGGUCCAAAUGGACCCAAUAAACCUUCUCUAUGGACAGAGAAUUGGACUGCUCAGUACAGAGUAUUUGGAGACCCUCCAUCUCAAAGAGCAGCAGAAGAUAUUGCAUUCUCUGUUGCUCGUUUUUUCGCGAGAAACGGAACUCUUGUCAAUUACUAUAUGUACUAUGGAGGGACAAAUUAUGGUAGAACAGGCUCAUCUUUUGUGACGACUCGCUACUAUGAUGAAGCUCCCCUGGAUGAAUUUGGGUUUAAGAGAGAACCCAAAUGGGGUCACCUCAAGGACUUGCACAGGGCUUUGAGAUUGUCCAAGAAGGCUUUGCUUUGGGGAACUCCUCGAGUCCAAAGGGUUAACCAAGAUCUAGAGAUUACAACUUUUGAGAACCCUGCAAUUAACCUUUGUGCUGCUUUCCUGACCAACAACCAUUCCAAAGUUGCUGCUACCAUUAAAUUCAAGGGGGCAGAUUAUUACCUUCCUGCAAAGUCCAUUAGCAUCCUUCCUGAUUGCAAGACUGUAGUUUAUAACACUCAAACGAUUGUAGCACAACAUAACACAAGGAACUUCCACCCAUCAAAGAAAGCGAAGAAUCUUCAAUGGGAGAUGUUCCGAGAAAGCAUUCCAACCAUAAGUUCAUUGCGCCAUAAGAGCAAGGCACCAAAGGAACUGUACACCUUGACUAAAGAUACCUCUGACUAUGCUUGUAUUAAUUUUGAUCGAAACGACUUACCAAUGCGGCCUGACAUUCUUCCAGUCAUACAGAUUGCAAAUCUUGGCCAUGCAAUGCUUGUAUUCAUAAAUGGAGAAUAUAUAGGACUUGGACAUGGAAACAACAUUGAGAAGAGUUUUGUCUUCCAGAAACCGAUAAAUUUGAAGCCCGGAGAUAAUCACAUAUCACUACUAGGCAUGACAGUGGGAUUUCCGAAUAGUGGAGCUUACAUGGAAAAGAGGUUUGCUGGACCACGAGCUGUAACGAUCCAGGGCUUGAUGGCUGGAACUCUUGAUGUCACACUGAACUAUUGGGGGCACCAGGUUGGUAUAACUGGAGAAAAGCAAAAAUUGUUCACGGAGGAAGGAGCAAGUAAAGUACAAUGGAAACCCAUAGAUGGAUCAGCAGCACCCCUUACAUGGUACAAGACAUACUUUGAUGCCCCUGAAGGCAAUAGUCCUGUUGCCCUAAGGAUGAAAACUAUGGCAAAAGGGAUGGCUUGGGUCAAUGGUAAAAGCAUUGGUCGAUACUGGGUAUCUUUUCUCUCCCCUCUUGCAACGCCUUCUCAAUCCGAAUAUCAUAUUCCAAGAGCCUUCUUGAAGCCAAAAAAUAAUCUUCUGGUUGUGUUUGAGGAAACCGGAGGAAACCCGAGAGGAAUUGAGGUUCUAACUGUCAACAGAGAUACAAUAUGCAGCCUCAUUACCGAGUAUCAUCCACCCAAUGUAAAAUCAUGGGAAAGGGCGGAAAACCAGUUCCGCGCUGCGGUGGAAGAUAUUAAAUCAGGAGCUCAUCUAACUUGUCCCGAAGACAAAGUGAUUAAGCAAGUGGAGUUUGCAAGUUUUGGUGAUCCUUAUGGUGCCUGCGGAAACUUCUACGUUGGCAACUGCACUUCACCAAAUAGCCAAAAAGUUGUUGAACAGUAUUGCCUGGGGAAAAAUAGCUGUGCAAUUUCACUUGAGAGAGGAGUUUUCGAUGACCAGAGCAAUGAUUCUUGCCCAGACGUUUACAAGACACUGGCUGUCCAAGUGAGGUGCGGCCGCGCCAAGAUGACUUAA